UCUGCCCUUGCCAGCCACUGCGGGGUAUAAAGGCACGACCUCCUCUUACUUUCCUUGAUCCUUCUUUCUUUACCUCCUCGACUGUCCAGCUGACAUACUCUUCGGUCUUCCAGCUCUUCCUCCUCACAACACAAAUCACCUACUUCCAGCUUUUGUCUGCAUCAUCUUGCAAACCACCAACCAUCUCCAAUUCAUCAAGCACUCACUAUCACAACCGUCGCAAUGCCACUCAAGUGGACGCCAGAGCUCGACUCGAUCCUCUUGCACGGUGUCUUCGAGGAAUGCAACAUCAGUUUCUCCAAAGCUCUCUGCUCCAAGAUCGCCGAGCGAGUGGGCGCGGCCGGUAUUGAGUGCACUCCCAAAGCCGUCGAGAACCGCCUGUACAGCUGGAAAAAGAAGAACGUCGGCGGCACUAUCAACGGCAGCACGCCCAACACGCCGUCCAAGCCUGCAACCCCCAAGACACCUGCUUCGAGUCGUGGCCGCGCCAAAGCCGCUACCAAGAAGAAGAUCCAGGCCGAACAAGACCUUCUCCACAACGACGAUGACGACGAAGAUGAGAUCCUGUCUCCGACAGUGAAUCGCAAGCGUGGCAGGAGCGCACAGAAACCCGCCAACUACGCCGAGUCGGGUGCAUCUGACGACGAUGUUGAGGAGGAGUACGUCCCGCUCGCAAAGAAAGUCAAACAGGAACAGCAAGAUGCUGAUGACUUUACGAACAUCAUCGAUAAUGAAGUGAAGGAGGAGGUUUGAGGUGCUUUGGCUGGCAGUCAUUUGAGGGCUUCUAGUUUGAUGAAUGAAUAUUUGGGAGGACGGUAGAAAAUAUGCGAAGAGCUCUAGGUCUGAUCCUAUGCAUUUUGGCGGUACAUGACGAUGUCACCGUGGGGCUCUUUGGGCUAUACGUUGCGCAGCUCAGUACUCGCUCUGGAGUUUAUUGGGGUAGUUCGAUCAUGAGGGUUUUGCAGAGGGGGAGC